UGCCCUUAAACCCAAACAAGACAAAUAAUGAAACACAGGGGCAAAACACUGUUCAUCCAUGUCCAAAAUUAUCAAUCAAUGUUUAUUUCUCUCCAUGAGUGCAUGCAAGGGUUUACAGAGGUUUUGAAGAAGAAGAAGAAGAAGAGAUAAUGGAGGAAGCAUCAGAGCAUAACAAAAAGCAGAGCGUGCCUGUGCUCCCAUGGAUGAGAAGUCCUAUUGAUGUUAGUCUCUUCGAUGAAUGCCCUCUUAAUCUCCUACCUUUUCUUGAUCCCAGGUUGGAGGUGGCUUUGGAGAAUAUGGGUUUUACUUCCCUCUUUCCAGUGCAAGUCGCAGUCUGGCAAGAGACAAUUGGACCUGGUUCCUGUGAGCGAGACCUUUGUAUAAAUUCACCAAAUGGAAGUGGGAAGACGCUAGCCUAUGCUUUGCCAAUAGUGCAAAUGCUGUCAACUCGUGCAGUUAGAUGUCUUCGUGUUUUAGUGGUGUUACCCACACGUGAUUUAGCCGUGCUGGUUAAGGAAGUCUUUGCUGCUAUUGCACCUGCAGUGAGCUUAUCUGUUGGUUUGGCAGUUGGUCAAUCUUCAAUUGCUGAUGAAAUUUCUGAACUUAGUAAGAGACCUAAGCUUGAGGCAGGUAUCUGUUAUGACCCCGAAGAUCUUUCGCUGGAUUUAGAAAGUUCAGUGGACAUUUUGGUGGCUACUCCUGGCAGGCUGAUGGAUCAUAUAAAUUCUACGAAAGGUUUUACACUUGAGCAUGUUUGUUAUCUGGUUGUUGAUGAAACAGAUCGAUUACUCAGGGAGGCAUACCAAUCCUGGCUGCCUACUGUUCUUCAAUUAAUCCAAUCUAGUGUUGGAAGUCUCUUCCCUCAUGCCAACACUUUCUUUCCUUCCCCAUUUGGUUACUUGAAAACCAGAAGGAGAUCAGGUGUUGAAAGGGGAUUUAAGGGCAACUCUUAUCCUAGGCUUGUGAAGAUGGUUCUAUCUGCCACGCUAACCCAAGAUCCAUGCAAGCUUGCCCAGCUUAAUCUGCAUCACCCUUUGUCGUUGACAACUGGGCAAAGACGUUAUCAGCUCCCUGAACAACUAGAAUCUUUCAAAUUG